AUGGCGUUGGCGAAUGAGGAAUUUUUUGUAUCCAAGGUUGCAAAAGAAGUUAUUAAGUCACUUGCGUCACAUCUCAAAGAUCUAGCAGAGAGGCUUCCUCUUGGUGUUUAUGACGAUGAUGACAUGAAACCAACAUACCUGCCAAAUGGUUUCGUCGAGACAAAUGGAAUCCACCACCAAGACUUAAAUGGGGAUCCACACCACACAAGGACAGAGUAUAUCAGUAGCUCCAGUUUUCCAAAUGGUGGUGGUACAAUCCAGAAAACCAACAAUAGUGUGUCGCAUACAAUCGACGACACAGAUUCUAAGAAUUUCCUAGAGGAUGAGAGUAGCUCGAGAUCAAGAAAUGAUGUGUUGUCUACAGAAUGGGUUAAACAAUAUAGUUUUGAAUCUCGACUAUUCGGGUUCGUGUAUUUUUAG